CAUGAGUUGUCCAUUUAUUUCCCCAUCCAAAAUUCACGUAUAUUCUUUACACACAAAAAAAAAUAAAAAAAAUUCAGUUACAUUAGUUUAUGUAAUUUUUUUAAUAAAUACUGUAUAUUAUUAAGAAAAAGCUUUUAAAACGAGAGAGCUAAAUCAUUGUAAAACGUUUUAGUUUUGGAUACCAAUGUGUUAGUAAAAAGCCCACCAAGCCCAAUAGAUUUUAUUUUUGCCAAAAAAAAAAUCAAAGAAGAACGAAGCCUUCCUUCUCCGCCGUAACCUCCGCCAGUGAAACCCUAAACUCCUCUUUCCGAUAUUUCACUGUUCAUCAAUCGCUCUGCGUCACUCUUCCUAGCAAGCUCCUUUAAUUUUCCUCUCAAUCCAAUCGUGAUUUUGCAUACCCAUCAGGUUUCAGAAAAACUGAAAUAAUGGUGUAUAAGCGCAAGUCAAUGGAGAAGAAAAAGGAAGGCAUGGGUUCUACUAUUGAUCAAAACCUGAGCUUUAAGAAUAUUAUGAAAGAUGUUGCACUCUUUGGUUCUUCGCAUAUGACAUGGAAGGAUAAGAAAGCACUGGAGGAUAAGAAAGUGACUGCACUUGGUGGAAAGGCACAAAAGAUGCAUAGGCUACCGCUGAGUGUAGCUCGAGUGCAGAUGAAGAAACAGAAAGAUAGAGAAGAGAAGAUGUUAGAACAGAAUGUGAUUCUUGGCAGAUUUGGUGGGGGUGGAAGUAGCAGUAGGAAACCCGCAGAGAGAAAGCGUACGCCAGAAGAGAGAGUAUUGAAGUCAACUGGAGGGAUUUUCAAAGGCGGUGUUCUUGAUGUUAAGCAUUUGCUACGUUCUGGUCCUUCAAGUAGUAGUGACAGAGAUUUCAAGACGAAGAAACCCAGUAGGGUCGAGAAGAACUUGGGAGGAGGAGGUGAUGGAGGAGGCAUCAAGUCUAAGGGAAAAAAGAAAGGAGGCAAAAAUAAGAAUAAAGGAAAGAAGAAAGGAGGUGGCAAGAAGAGAGGCAAGUAAUCGCGGUAGCUCUGUAACAAGUUUUGAAGCGUUUCAAGUAUCAUUGUAUACUUCACAAGGAUUACUCUUGGAAUUCAACAUUACAGUGAAAGAGCUAUGAGUUUUGUUACAAACAUGAAAUGUUCUUUCGGCAGUAUCCUCUCUUAGGACGAGUCUGUUACAGGUAUUGAUCUUGUUAUGAUUGUUUUUAUCUUCUUUAAGAGUAUUGUAGAAAUACAGACUCUUAGAUUGUUAUAUGUGCAACUUAUGAGUAAACAUUAAUCACAUACUACAAAACUAUAUCAUGUGUUUUCAGUCAACGGACCAAUUCAUUCUUCAGACAAUAUGUUAAAUAUUUCUAGACAUAGUAAUACUUU